GCCCCUCGCCGCCGCCGCCGCCCUCUCGCUGCUACUUGCCCCUAGGAGCCGCGGCGUAAGUCAGGAAAGGAGAGAAUGACCGAGGUGCUGUGGCCGGCUGUCCCCAAUGGGACGGACGCUACCUUCCCGGCCGGCCAGGGUUUGCCCUGGGGGAACGGCACCGCAGCCUCCACCGCGGCUGUCGCCGCAGCCUCGUUCGCAUGCUCCCUGACCAAGACGGGCUUCCAGUUCUACUACCUGCCGGCUGUCUACAUCUUGGUGUUCAUUAUUGGCUUCCUGGGCAACAGCGUGGCGAUCUGGAUGUUUGUCUUCCACAUGAAGCCGUGGAGCGGCAUCUCCGUGUACAUGUUCAACUUGGCCCUGGCCGACUUUUUGUACGUGCUGACUCUGCCCGCGCUCAUCUUCUACUACUUCAAUAAGACGGACUGGAUCUUUGGGGAUGCCAUGUGCAAGCUGCAGAGGUUUAUCUUCCAUGUGAACCUCUACGGCAGCAUCUUGUUCCUAACCUGCAUCAGCGCGCACCGCUACAGCGGUGUGGUGUACCCGCUCAAGUCUCUGGGCAGGCUCAAGAAGAAGAAUGCAGUCUACAUCAGCGUGCUGGUGUGGCUCAUCGUGGUGGUGGGAAUCUCCCCCAUCCUCUUCUACUCAGGCACCCAGGUCCGGAAAAACAAAACCAUCACCUGCUACGACACCACCUCCGACGAGUACCUGCGAAGUUAUUUCAUCUACAGCAUGUGCACCACUGUGGCCAUGUUCUGUGUCCCCUUGGUACUGAUUCUGGGCUGUUAUGGAUUAAUUGUGAGGGCUUUGAUCUACAACGACCUGGACAACUCGCCUCUGAGGAGGAAAUCCAUUUACCUGGUGAUUAUCGUACUGACUGUCUUUGCUGUCUCUUACAUCCCUUUCCAUGUAAUGAAAACGAUGAAUUUGAGGGCCCGGCUGGAUUUUCAGACCCCAGAAAUGUGUGCAUUCAAUGACCAGGUUUAUGCCACUUAUCAGGUGACAAGAGGUCUAGCAAGUCUCAACAGUUGUGUGGACCCCAUUCUCUAUUUCUUGGCAGGAGAUACGUUCAGGAGGAGACUCUCCAGAGCCACCAGGAAAGCUUCCAGAAGAAGUGAGGCAAAUUUGCAAUCCAAGAGCGAAGACAUGACCCUCAAUAUUUUGUCGGAGUUCAAGCAGAAUGGAGAUACAAGCUUGUGAAGAGGCAAGGAUCACCGAACACCCACUUUUGUAACAUGGUCUCAGGAUGCCAUCCUGGUUUAUAAUACAUGUUACAUACAUUGUGUUUCAGCUCCCAGCGGACUUUCUUUGGGGCUGAGGAUCCAGUGAGGUGGACAGUGCCAAGAAAUGCCCUUUUACUUCUUGGCAUUUUUUUUUUCCAGUGUUUCUUCUUCAUUCGUGAUAUAGUGGACAAUGACAACAUGUGAAUACAUGCCAAAUAGUAACAAGAAUGAUCUUGCCCAACCCCUUCUAGGCACAAAGAGGUCUCCAGGAAGAGUCUGUGAUAAUGAUAAAAACAUACAGAGAGUCAGGAUGAAGCAGUGAUCUAUUGGCUGGAAAUCUGAUGACAUGUGACAAUGUAAGUAGGUAUUUUAAUAGUAAAGGCAGAACUCUGUUGGCAUGUUGAUGAAAGAACUGCUAAAAUUAUAGAACUUAGUUAACUAAAUGUCACACUACAAAACUAUUUUCAUGCCAAGUUCAAGGUAUUUUUGGCUCACCACUUGGUGUCUUAGACUCGCUAAGCAUCACUGUCCAUUUGCACGGAAAUGAUAAAAAUACAAACACAAGAAGAGAUACAGCAGAGAGUAGGAUUCAGUGUUAAAAACAUGACCUUGCCACUUGACCAACUGUGGAACUCUUGACCCUUUCAAUGCCAUUCUCCAUGGAUUAAAAUGUUAGAUGAACUCCAUCUGUUGGGACCUCAGGGGAUGUGGUAGAACAUUAAAAACACAGCCAGCCAGAGGUACAUGAAAUCUGCUACUGUACCUUUCCAGGACUCUUCCAUUCCAGUCCUUGGCUAGAAAUUCUCACAAAGUUCACCAAUUAUGAUGUGGACCUCUGCCCUAUAAGUCUUCUCCAUCUCCUCAGUACAGUAAACUUCUUUUGGAUACAAGAGACGUCUGUGUUUAUAGCAGCUGGAAUUGGACUAGGGAAAAUAAAGAUAUGUAAGUAGUUAGGGAUAUCUUGAAGCUUUAACUUAGUUGGUCAAUUUACAAUUAACAUAAUAGUAUUUAUUGAUGAAACUCACAAUUCUUCAGUUGUACAAAUUAAAAAGCUUCUUGAAAGAUCAAAUAUGCUGAUGUAAAUUAUAUUUAUUACAAUGUAUAUAUAAUGUCACACUAGUGUAUUUUAUGGAAUGUGAUGCAUAGAUAAAAUGAGUUAUUGUAUAGUACGCCUUUCAAAUACCAGUAUCUUGAAAUGUUUGUCGAUUUUUUUAUCUAAAAUAUGAAUGUUUUGUGAUACAAGUGGCUAAUUUUCUCUAGAAGUGCUUUCGCAUGUUUACCUUUUUACUUAGAGUUCUCUGUACAGACAUACUGUGGUGUCAUACUGUCGUAAGCGCUCAAUAGUAAAUACAAAAUAUCUUUGCCAGACUAGGUC